CAAGGCUCUUAAUCUUCUUGUAAACGAUUCAAGAGAUAUUGUAAAGAAUCUCAGUCACUUGGUGAACUUGUGGGGUAUUAUCAGGCGCCUUUUUGGGGUGAAACUUUUUUAUAUUUUCAACGAAAAUAUGUACAAGAACUACGCGUUGGCCAUUUUAGCGGCAAUGACCGUUGUGAUAUCUCUGUGGAUGUCGCACACGAGCGCUGUUCCUUUGAAUGGAACCGAAGUUGCAGGGAAUUCUUCAUCUUUGAACACGACGUCUAGAAACAGUAACUCUUCACUGCAGAAUUCAACAGCUGCCAACUCGACGACUACGUGUAAUGCCACAAUCUCCAACUGCACGACGCAGAAUUCUACUGUGCAGGGCAACGGAACUGUGGUUCAUGUCCAAGUUAAUUUGACAAAUAUCUGCGAGUCAAAUAGAACAAAAAGUCUCCUUAUAUGCAACGGCACCGCGUUAAAUCUCACAAAACACUGCGAGGUUGCUAAAACUGGUAACUUACCGCUUGUCUGCAGAAAUGGAAGUGUCAUAAAUAGUUCCUCUAUCGCUACAUCAAACAACACAAUUAAUUCUGGAAAUCGCACAAUCGAAAAUGCAACUUAUUCGGUUAACGCAACAGCAGCGACGCCAUCAAUUCAGUCU